AUCAAAAUAGAAUAGUAUUUACCCAUGUAUCAUCAAAUCACUCUAAGAAAGGUUAAUUCAAACACCCCUUGCUUUAAUCCCAACACCAAACCCGCGUCAGUGUUGUUUUGCACAGUACUUUUUGUAAGUGAUCGUCACUGUUGAGAUGAAAACUAUGUUCUCUGUCUAAUACAUCAAAUCUAUGUCAGAAGAAACAAAAUGGGGUUAUUGAUGUAUAAUAAGGAGGGGCAAUACAUAUCACUUUCUGAAGUUUUUUUAAUUGGGUGGGUCGGGGGGGAGGUAUAGCGUCUUUUAUGUGUUGUUGCUGCGGAACACGGUCUCCAACGAGAUAUCCAACAAAAAGCUGGCUUACACCCCAACCCUCCACACGCCGCAGUUCAUAAACAACUGGUCUGCACUUUCAUCUCCGAGCUUUGCUCCUUUUCGAUCAGAUUUCCCCUCGAAUUCAAGCCCCCAUAAAUGAUGGCUUCCCACAACUUCCAACCGCCACGGGAUCUCACUAAUCUCAAUCUCAAACUGCCAAAACGAUGCGUUCCAAUACUCACUCUAGUUCUACCAGCGCUGCCACCGGAGCUAGCAGCAGCAGCGGUGCAGCAACCGGGCGUCACCCGGUGUACAGGGGAGUGAGGCGUCGGAGUAGCGGGAAAUGGGUGUCUGAAAUUCGGGAGCCCAGGAAGCCCAAUAGGAUAUGGUUAGGGACAUUCCCUACCCCUGAAAUGGCUGCCAUUGCCUAUGACGUGGCCGCCCUUGCCCUCAAAGGUAAGGACGCUGACCUUAACUUCCCUGACUCGGCUUCUUCGCUGCCCGUUCCGGCCUCUGGCUCUGCCCGUGAUAUCCAGAUUGCUGCAGCCAGUGCUGCUGCUGCUGCUGGGGCAGCCAGGGAUGCCUUACCCGUGCCUAAUGAACAAGGGAAUGCUAAUGUUGGUGCUUCGGAGGGACAACAAUAUGGGGGUGCUGAGUUUGUGGACGAGGAUUUAAUCUUCGAUUUACCUAAUGUUCUUGUCAAUAUGGCCGAAGGAAUGCUGCUCACCCCUCCUCCUCUGGACUUUACUGGGAACAACGAUGCUGAUGAUGCUGCCGGAGGGAACGUCGGUGGCGAUGAUCAAAACCUUUGGAAAUUUCCAUAAUGUCUCCCGUCACAUAAAACCCCCCCUCUUUAUAGUAUUUGCUGCACGACUAUAAUUAAUAAUGCCUUUUAAUUAAGGAACAAAACAAAAGAAGAUGAAGAAGUUGGCCUGUAAUAAAUUAUGGGAGAACUCUCACAUCAAGGCCUGCUUUGCUUUGAUACGACGAAAUGGAGUGGUGUGUGUCUUCUUAUGUUUGGAAAAAAAAAAUAUUAAAAACAAAAAUCUCGGUCUAUAUAUGUA